AUGUGUUCACUUCCACCGACUCCGUGUACGAGGUCUGUGAUACGCAGCGGUCAGUCAAGAUCCACCUCCCACCUCCCACCCCAUGCGUUUGCGUCGGUUGUAAUGCGCCAAGGCAUGGAUGUGGUUGUGCAGGUGGUCUGGUCGGUCUCAUGUGGGUGAGGAUGAUGCUGUCCGGUGACGGGGAGGGGGCCCGACUAAACAGGAAGGACAGAUAUGGACAUGUGAGGCAAUCAAUAUACAAACUCAGCGAUCCACGCGUCCACGCAGAGAUGUUCCGUGUGUUCAUCAGAGGAAACUGGCGUGCGAGGAGUGGCUGUCGAGAUGGGUGUGCGAUGGGCAUGGCGGGCGAGCAGACGGGAAGCCACAUUCGCCGCCACGAAUAGUCGCACUGAGACUCGCUGACGUCAUCGGUAUGCAAGUCUCAAGACAACGUAUACAUAUACGCGCGCACAAUGCACGUGUGUAUGUUGCCGUCUGCUGUGUGCAGGUCCAUAUAACGACACAUAUCGCUUCUGGGCCUAUUGA